AUGGGCCUGCUCAGCACGCAGGGCCGCGGCACCACCCUGCAUGUUGCUCUCCCCAUCGCUGCCCUUCCUGCCACUGCUGCUGCUGCUGCUUCCCGUGCUGCCAGCACGAGCACACGAGCUCCCAGUGUUGCCCCUGCUGCUCCCUUCACAGCUUGCAGCACCAGGAGGCUGCUGGGCUGGUGCGAGCAGGUGGCAGCAGGGAGGCGAAGUGAAGGAGCAGGGCGCAGAGGGAGUGGGAGGGAGAUGCAGGUGGCAGGUGUGAAGGCUGGUGGACUCACAAGGCACACACGGGCGAUGGCAGCGCAGGGAGGGGGGGAGGUGCAGGGAGGAGAGGUGGGAGCGAAGUGGGUGAGCGGCACGGGGCGGAGUGCCAAGGAGGAUCUCAAGGAGGCGCUGCAGGGCAUGGAAAUCCUGGUGGUGGACGACAACCUGGUGAACCGGCGGGUGGCAGCGAGCACGCUGGCGCGGUACGGGGCGGAGGUGGCGCUGGCAGAGUCGGGCGAGGCGGCGCUGCGCCUGCUGCAGGCGCGCCACUCCUUCCGCCUCGUGCUCAUGGACCUCCUCAUGCCCGGCCUCGACGGGUAUGAGACCGUCACUCGGCUGCGAGGCAUGGAGCGGGAGUCAGGGGAUGGGGGAGCAGGGGGCGAGCGGCAUGUGAGGGUGGUGGCCAUGUCAGCAGACGUGGACAGCGCUGUGGCAGCACGUGCUGCUCUCGUGGGCAUGGAUGGGGCUGUGCAGAAACCACUCGAAAGCCAACUCCUGUCCAUUAUAAGAACACUUCAAUUGAAAUGUAUCUCUUCUUAA